UUUAGAAGCAGUGAAGGGAUCGAAGAUAGAGGGCAGAUAUGAGGAUUCGAAACAGCAGGAACCCCAUCGACGUCGUUGCCACCAUCCACGGCGUCCCCUCCCUCUCCGUCAACGCUCCUCUUUCCGACGGGUCUCCGGCGGAAAGGCCUCGCCCGCAGCCACCGGCGGCACCAGAGCUCGGGCCCUGCGUGGUGAACAAGUCCCCCUGGGAUGUCACUGCCCUUGUCCUCGCUUUCUUUCAUGCCGACGGCCUUCUCCGCCACUGCCAACAAGUCUGCCCGUCCCACCACGACAACAAGGACGGCGACUGCCACCAGAAGGCGUCAACCCAAGCGGCGAGCGCUUUGGAGGAGAAACACGGGCAUUUUAGAUCCGAUCUUUCCCGAUGCGUUUCUUCGAUUAAGCCAUGCGGGAACGACUGGCGAAGAGGGAAGGGAAAGCAGGAAGGCAAGAGGUCGAAACCCCUUUGCCUUAAGACCGAGGGAUCUGCGACCGAUCCUGCCACGAUUCCACGGAGCCUGCAGAACUCGAGACGACGGGCAGCUAAGAAAGGGGCAGACGAUGGCUCGCCGGCGACGCUGGGCCGGGGGAGUGCUGAGGGAGUGAAGAGCCGGACCUGCAAGAGGGAGGACGGGAAGGGAUGGCGCUGCGGCAACGAGGCCAAGGCCGGCAGCACCCUCUGCGAACACCAUCUCUCCCAGGUCAGGUCCUACUGCAAGCGACCAUCCAACGAUUCUUCCAAGCGCCGUUCCCCGUCGAUGCCGGAAGGUGGAGAAGGGAGGAGAAAGAGGCCAACAGCACAGUCGUCGUGGGCGACAACGUCAGUGGGUAACGACUGCUACUACUAUUACUACACGGGCUUCGGGCCGGCAUGGAGGGAGACCAAGAGGAAGAGGGUUUCCGCAAUUGCUGAAGACGAUGGAACUGAUGAUGAUGGUGGUGGUGGUGGUACUGGUGCUGAUACUGCUGCCGCUGCUGCUGGUGGUGGGAAUCGGGUGAACGGUGAAGGUGGUGAGGAUGGUGGGAAGGGGAAGAUUAAGGGACGGAAGCGUGUUAAAUGCAGAUCCCUCAAGUCAUUGUUGUGACUUUUGUCUCCGUGUCUUUUACUCCUUGUUGCUUUUCUCUUGUCCGAUUAAUUUUUCUGUUGCCGUUCUCUUCUUGUUGAGAAGAUGAUAAGAAGAAAACGAACAGAAAGUUUAGUCAGGGUUUCUGAUAUUUCUCUGGUUUAUGAUCCCUUUCUUUGUACCCGCAUCCCUUUUCCUUUCCUUCUUCUCCCUUCUUUUGGUAGUCCAUUUGAGAAGGAGCAAGCUAAGUCCAGUAACUUAAGUCCUCCAGGUCAAAUUUGGCACUCGCCUUCUUUAUGGCACGCUUAAUUUGUAGGACGGAGAUUUCUUAAGGAGGAGAGAUGAACAGUGGGACUUGUUAGUCCCUGCUCUCGUCGAUCCGGGAGCUUGUUGCUCGGGAAACACUUCAACUUACCUGAUCAGCUCAUGAAAUUACUCAUUUACGGUCGAGAAAUGGAGUUAUUAUCAAGGAUGUUGCUUAUAUAAUAAAUUGUGAUAACU